ACUGUUUUUUAAUUCUUAAAUCAGAGUGGAACUCAAAUGAAAUGUUGAAAAAAAAAAAUCAGGUCUUUAUGGCAGGAGUGACGUUAAAGUCUGGUUUGCUAGAUUCUUAGGUUUUUGCACCUGGUUACUUCUCUGCUUUUCCACCUACCCUUUUCACUCCUCAUGUCGAGGCUACUUUGAAUUGUUCACAUGCUCUUUCAUUUGAUGUCUCAAUGUCUUUGCCUUCUUCAACAGCAUCUUUCUAAAUUACCUGUAUCACCUUUGUCCAUAAAACACAUAUGGAUGUGGAAUAACACAGUGUAAAAAAAGUAAGGGAGUUUCUAGCAAUACACAUUCACAAAACUAUGAUUUUUUUCCAUUUAAUAUUUUGGUGACUGUGGGGUGUUGACUUAAUCACGUAAGUUUAAAUAUUUUACCAGGUGCCCGUCAGAAAAACAGAAACACAAUGAACACAAGCACACUGUCUCUCAAAAACUGCAGGGUCAGAAUCAAGAGGUCCCUAGAACAGACGACACGACGAUGGUCACACGAAUGUUUUCAAAUUCGCACUACUCCAAAGUCACUAGACCUCAGAGUCUCUCGACCCGCUAGACUCCCUACCCCAAAUUCCACCGCAGAAAUCUUCCACACUCGAUCACCCAAGGGCACUUCUUCUUCUCUGACUGCCGCCAGGAGCUUCAGGCUCAGGCUGGCCCAUCUCUUCUCGUCACGGUGCCCAGAUCUUUUCCCAACUUCAUCCCACUGAAGCCCAGUCCCAGGUGGGGCCGGGAUCAGACGGAACUAAACGGACUCAGCGGUGCUUCCUUCACGGACCAUACACCAUAACGCCGAGAACCCGAAUAUACAGCCAACUGCACGCAGCAAGCGAAUUUUUGCAGAAAAUAGAUUUGGACCGAGGAGGCCUCUGGGAAAUGUAGUUCUGGGCAGCAAAACCGCAGACCUUUUCAGAUUCUCCUCAGCACCAAGUAAGCACUCCCAGGCUCCGAGUGUCAGACUCAUGGGAGGCAGCUGCUGCAAAACUCUCAGCUGAGGUCCCUCGGCAGAUCUGAGAGCCCCUCCACGGUGCGGUGGGUCAUUCCGGUUACCCCGACAACGGGAGGGCCAGUCCCUCCUCGGCGAGCCGCGGGGGCCUCUGGGAAGAGUUAGCUGCGUCUAACGGACCUGGGCUGGUGCUGCCCACCGCCACAGUCGGCGCUGACCUGAGCGGCACCCCUCACUCGGGCCGCACCGGCUGUGCCUUUCGGGCGGUGUUGAGGUGUGGAACUGGGGCCUGUGUCUGCGGGAUCGUUGGUUCUUCAGGUAUUAUGGAUUUAUUCAUUCAUCUACUCACCAUUUAUUGAAUGCUGCAUGUGACAGGAGUUAAAAGAUGCUUGAGAUACAGCAUUGAACAAAGUAGACAGACUCUGCUAUCAUGGUACUUAAAUUGUUGUGGGUCAGAUAAUAAGUGAGCUCUGCCUUCUCAGGCCCAGUCCAUUCCCAGAAAGAAGAGGAAAUGAAUGAAUUCCAGGACACGGUGACAUUCAAAGAUGUGGCUAUUGAUUUCACUCAGGAAGAGUGGCAGCAAUUGGAUCCAGCUCAAAGGAACCUGUACCGGAAUGUGAUGCUAGAAAACUAUAACAACUUAAUCACAGUGGGAUGUCCAUUCACCAAACCUGAUGUGAUUUUCAAGUUGGAGCAAGAAGAAGAACCAUGGGUCAUGGAGGAAGAAGUGUUAAAGAAACACUGUCCAGGAGAAAUAUGGGGGAUGGAUGAGCAGCUGAAAAUUCAGGACAGGCUUUUGACACAACUUGAAGAUAAAUUCACAAAAACACUGACUGAAGAAAAAGUCAGUGAAUGUCAUAAGAAAUUUGCAAAUGCAUUCCCUCUGAACUCAGACUUUUUUCCUUCCAGUCACAGUGUCUAUGAAUAUGACUUAUUUGGAAAGUGUUUAGAACAUAAUAAUUUCAACUAUUAUGAGAGAAUCUUUAUAGGAAGAGAAGACUGUGAAUAUAAGGAGCCUAUGAAAUCAUUUGGCAAUAGCUUAUCCCAUCUUGUAGUAACCCCCUUUAAGUGUAAUCAUUGUGGAAAAGGUUUUGAUCAAACUUUGGACCUCAUCAGACACUUGAGAAUUCAUACCGGAGAGAAGCCCUAUGAAUGUAAAAAAUGUAGAAAAGCCUUCAGUCACAAGGAAAAACUGAUUAAACAUCAUAAAAUUCACAGUAGGGAGCAGUCUUAUGAAUGUAAUGAAUGUGGGAAAGCUUUCAUUAAAAUGUCAAAUCUCAUUAGACAUCAACGAAUCCAUACUGGAGAGAAACCCUAUGCAUGUAAGGAGUGUGGGAAAUCCUUCAGCCAGAAAUCAAAUCUAAUUGAUCAUGAAAAAAUUCAUACUGGAGAGAAGCCUUAUGAAUGUCAUGAGUGUGGAAAAGCAUUCAGCCAGAAGCAAAGCCUCAUUGCACAUCAGAAAGUUCAUACUGGGGAGAAACCUUAUGCAUGUAAUGAAUGUGGUAAAGCCUUCCCACGAAUAGCAUCUCUUGCUCUUCAUAUGAGAAGUCAUACAGGAGAGAAACCUUAUAAAUGUGAUAAAUGUGGAAAAGCCUUCUCUCAGUUUUCCAUGCUUAUUAUACAUGUGAGAAUUCAUACAGGUGAGAAACCCUAUGAAUGUAAUGAAUGUGGAAAAUCUUUCUCUCAAAGCUCAGCCCUUACUGUACAUAUGAGAAGUCAUACUGGUGAGAAACCUUAUGAAUGUAAGGAAUGUAGAAAAGCCUUCAGCCACAAGAAGAACUUCAUUACACACCAAAAGAUUCAUACUAGAGAGAAACCUUAUGAAUGUAAUGAAUGUGGGAAAGCUUUCAUUCAGAUGUCAAAUCUUGUUAGACACCAGAGAAUUCACACUGGAGAAAAACCCUAUAUAUGUAAGGAAUGUGGCAAAGCCUUUAGCCAGAAAUCAAAUCUCAUUGCUCAUGAAAAAAUUCAUUCUGGAGAGAAACCCUAUGAAUGUAAUGAAUGUGGGAAAGCCUUCAGCCAAAAGCAAAACUUUAUUACACAUCAAAAAGUUCACACUGGAGAGAAACCUUAUGACUGUAAUGAAUGUGGUAAAGCCUUCUCUCAAAUUGCUUCCCUUACUCUUCAUCUGAGAAGUCACACAGGGGAAAAGCCUUAUGAAUGUGAUAAAUGUGGGAAAGCCUUCUCUCAGUGCUCACUACUUAAUUUACAUAUGAGAAGUCAUACAGGUGAGAAACCCUAUGUAUGUAAUGAAUGUGGAAAAGCUUUCUCUCAAAGAACUUCCCUUAUUGUACACAUGAGAGGUCAUACAGGUGAGAAACCUUAUGAAUGUAACAAAUGUGGAAAAGCCUUCUCCCAAAGUUCCUCCCUUACAAUACAUAUACGAGGUCAUACAGGUGAGAAACCCUUUGACUGUAGUAAAUGUGGAAAAGCCUUUUCCCAAAUCUCAUCUCUUACACUUCACAUGAGAAAACAUACAGGUGAGAAGCCUUAUCAUUGUAAUGAGUGUGGUAAGGCCUUCAGCCAAAAGUCACACCUUGUUAGACACCAGAGAAUUCAUACUUAUUAGAAAUAGAAACUAUAAAUCUUGUGAAUAUGGAAAAAGACUUCAGAAGGAAUUCGCAUUUCCUUGCACAUUAUAUAAUGGGAUCUAGAGCAGAAAACUGUGAAUGUGGGAAAGCCUUUUUAAGAAGCCACACAUUUGUGAUACAGAAUUCUUACCAAGGGGACAAAAUGUAUGAGAAAGCUGAUCAUAAAAAACCUUCAGCAGACAUCUUACCUAAUGAUAUUUAUUCAGCAUUCUCACUAAAAUCUGAAACAAGAUAUUUGCUAUCAGCUUAUCAACAUGAUAGUUGAGCUCCUAGCCAUUGCAGAAAAAAGAAAUACUUUUAAAAUAACCUUUUUAUACUAGAAUAGUUAAUUAGAAGAUAUGUUGAUAUAAAAUAUUUAUGAAUAAACAUAAUAGUGAAUUACAACACAUAUAUAUGUAGUUAAACAUUUUGAAGGUUACAAAAGAACACCUGAAAUUUUGAGAAAAAUAACAUUGUCUAAAAAGACAUAGUUAUAUAUAUAUAAUUUCUCACAAAUCUCUAAAGUACUUCCACUCAAAAAAAAUUUUUUUUUACCAGUUACGUUUUUAAGAAUUUUACAAACUGAUUGAAAUUUUAUAUAGGAAUAUAAAGGGCCACAAAUAGGUGAAAUAUGUAAAAAAAAAAACAAAAAACGAGAGAGAAGAUACACCAUUAGAUAUCACAUUUAUUUAAAGCUGGUAUCAUUGUUUUUAAACUAUGUUCUUAAUGAGUAUAUCAGUGAAACAAGUUGAAGAUUGGAGGAAGGAGAUAUGGAAAUUUUGUGUAUUAUAGUGCUAUUCAAAUCACUGGAGAGAAAAUGACCUAUUCAAUAAAUGGAAGAUUCAUAUUAACAAAAAAUGUUAGCUCUCUACUUUUUAUCAUAUACAAAAAUAAAAUCCAAACAAACUGAAGACUAGAACAUAAAAAGCAAAAUUCUAUAUGAUGAAAAUAAAAUAGACUAUAUUUCCUACUUUAGAGUAACAGGAUUUCUUUAAACAUACAUAAAUAUGGAACAUUCAGUUCUCUUUUGGUGCAUUGGCUUCAGAGGCACCCACAUAUGUCACAGAGAUACUUAUAUCUUUAUGUUAAAUGGUCAUGGUUUGUAUUCCUCUAAAUAGAAUACAUACAUUUCCAUUAAGAGAGGGAUAGAGUGAUACAAUAUGGUUUUCUAUGAUAGAACAUAAUAUUUAAAAAUACAAAUUUGACAUAUAAUUACAUGGAUAGACUACAUAAUAUUGACAGAAAAAGCAAAAUGUACCGUGAACAUUUCUAUAAUAAUGCAAAGAACAGUACUGUGUGUUGAUCAUGGAUACAUAUAUGACAUUGACUGCCUUUUAGGAAGUGAAGGCAGUUGUUAGAUUUAUCUGCAAUAUUUCUUUAAUAAAAGACAAAGCAAAUAUGACAGUAAUAA